GCAAUGCCUAGCGAGAGAAAGAUAAAGAAACUCAAAAACGAGGACUUUAAGAAAAAGAAGCUCAAGGUCGGAAAGAAGAAGACCGUUGCCGACAAUUUCACUGACACCUCGUUCAAGUCAAAGACAAUUUCAUUACCCAACCAAAGCAUCAAUGAAGAUAAAUCCCGAGAAACAACAACCACUCGCAACCUUACGUUGGCUGAUCUCUUGGUUAAAUUAAAACAUUACAACUCUGGUGUAAGAAAAGAGGCGCUCUUGAAUAUGCGCGAUUUGUGUAGUGACAAUCCACAAAUCCUUGUAUCCUCUUUGAGUACCGUAGUCAACAGUGUUUUACGAUUGUUUAUGGAUGAUGAAAGAGAUGUCCGUAAAGCCCUCCUUUCGUUCCUCAGAGAUUGCUUUGAGCCUAUUGACAAGAUUGAACUUCAACCUUUCUUGCCUUUGCUUGUCAUCUACACCUGCUCUGCUAUGACACACAUUUUUGAAGACAUUAGAUUGGAUGCUAUUCGAUUGAUUGAUUUAUGGGUGGAUAUUGCGCCAGAAGUACUAGUGUCAAAAUUCUGGGAUACAGUUGCAAAUAACUAUCUCAGUCUUCUUUCUGUGGACUCCAACAGUAUCGCUCAAUCCAGAUCAAACUUGAGUGGAACUAGUGCAGGCCAUGUCAGUGUUGCAUCCGUAAAAGCAGCAGAAACCAAAUCUCAUUUGCACCUUCACAAGAGCAAACUUGAGCUUCUGAAGAGUGUAUCAAAUUUCCUUGAAGCAGGAUUCUAUUGGUUCUUUAUGAAUUUCCUAGAGAGCCGACACGCUAGAGAGAGUUUCAGAAAUCGUUUAGAGGAAACUCAGGCAAGCAAGGACGCAAAGACUCUUCGAUGGGAUCAGUCUGGAUUCACACCUCUGAGCGCCAUGAUUGGAAGUAGUGUUCCAUUCUUGUCAGUCAACACACUUCCCGGAUAUUCUUCUCUAAAUUUGUUUGAGUCUGCUGGACCAAAAAGUACCCAGGCAGCGACAGGAUCAGUUGGUAAAGGUGCUUCGACACGAAACGGCGUCAGUGUCCAUCGUUCCGAAUGUAGCUUGGAUGAGAGAGUGAGCGAUGUAAAGCAAUUGAUCGAGACAUUCCAACCCAUUCUUGUGGGUUCAUGGCUAGAGACUGCGCCAUCUGUUUUUACGUCAAACAAUAUAAGCUUGACACCAGCACUUCAGUUAUUGGAGACCAUUUUAAGAUUAUCACUUGUGCUCUGGAGAUCAAUGGUUAGCAAGGGUGGUAUCGGAAAACUUAGCUCAGCAUGGUUAGAUUCACAUCUUCAGCAAUUCCUUAAACACAUAUCUGUAUAUUUCCCUUAUGGUGCAGAUGCAUUUGGAAAUCGAGGUGGAAAGGUCGACAGUGUUUUACAAGAGAUGAAUAUCAUGGUGUGCGAACUGACAUCCUUGUUCCUGCUGGCCAGAACAAUGCAAACCAAUUCUGCAGCAAAAGAACACCUUGCUGUUGAUUUCAAGAUCAGAAAGAGAUCACACUCUCAGGUUAAAGAUGAUGAGAAUGUACCCGAAUGGGCAGAUAGAAUUGUGGAUCAUGUUCUUGGUGUCCUUGGUUAUGAGGAAGAAGAAGUUGAAAAUGAAGAUGGUGUGCCAAAUAUGACCAGCAUGAGCACUGCCUUUAAACCUGAACAUUUGACCUCACUACUGCCAACUGUCUGGGGUUUCCUCAACAGUUUGGAAAAGGACAGAAGGGAUACAGUACUCGCGGCAUUCAUGGGAUUCCAUGGACAAAGCCAUCCUCAGUCUGCCACAAGAAAAAUCACUCAGAACUUCAUAACACGCGUAGAACUGAUCCAAGUGACUCCAAGCUACAAUGGCCGUUAUCAUACUCGUAAAUAG